GAAUUACACUUCCUCCUUUUACACACCACUGUUCAGCACAGCAUUUGGGUUAUAGGAGUAGCCUACAAAGUGAAAAUGGAAAGAGCGAAAACUGAACGGGGCUGUGUCCUGUAAUUGCCUAUUCACUUUGUAAGAGGAAAAAAUUGCGGGGAAUGACAAUCGAUUCUUAUUAGAACGCUCCAACAACACCUAUUCAGCGACGAGCAGCAGAGACAACGUAACAUUUUCAGAAAUACAAUGGCAGCGACCUAGAUCAACUUCUGGACUUGCUUUCUAAAAGGAUCAGAGAGGGGCCUUGCAACUUUUUGAAACUUGUUGGAUACGGUGGAGCAAGGACGCAAACAUGAAGAAACAGUUUAAUCGCAUGAAACAGCUCGCCAACCAAACAGUUGGAAGAGCCGAGAAGACUGAGGUGCUGAGUGAUGACCUUCUACAGAUCGAGAGGCGCAUGGAGCUGGUCCGUCUGGUGUCCCACAACGCACACAAGAGACUGGUCACCUGUCUACAAGGUCACAUCGGAACGGAGGCAGAAAAGAGACACAAAAAGCUCCCUCUGACAGCGCUGUCCCAGGCCAUGCAGGAUGGAGGAAGCCAGCUGGGGGAGGAGUCACUGAUUGGUAAGAUGAUGGAUGUGUGUGGGGAGGCAGAGAGCAGACUAGCGUCUGAGCUGAUGCAACACGAGGUCCAGCUAGAGAGAGACAUCCUGGAACCUCUCAACCAGCUAGCAGAGGUGGACAUUCCCAACAUCCUGAGACAGAGGAAACAGCUGGCUAAGCUAGUCCUAGACUAUGACUCAGCCAGAGCCAGGUGGUUGCAGGCAAGCAAGUCUAUUCACUUUUCCACCAACUACCAGGCCACGGCUGCCAAGGUUGAGACUCUCAAAGACGAGAUGGACGAGGCCCUGAACAAAGUGGAGAUGUGUAAGGACCAGCUGUCUGCUGACAUGUAUAACUUCUCCUCCAAGGAGGGCGACUACGCCCGAUACUAUGUUAUUUUGGUAGAGGCCCAGGCUGACUACCACAGGAGGUCUCUGGCUGCUCUGGAAGGAGUCCUGCCGACCAUACAGGCACAGAACGACUCAUGGAUGGAGAAGCCUGCGUACGGCACGGCUCUGGAAGAGCACCUGAAGAGGAGUAACCGUGAGAUCGCCCUGCCCUUAGAGGCCUGUGUCAUGAUGCUGCUGGAGACUGGCAUGAAGGAGGAGGGUCUGUUCCGAAUCGCUGCUGGGGCCUCCAAACUAAAGAAGCUGAAGGCAGCGCUGGACUGUUCCACCUCCCAGUUAGAGGAGUUUUACUCAGACCCCCAUGCUGUAGCUGGAGCUCUGAAGUCCUACCUCAGAGAGCUGCCUGAACCCCUUUUGACCUUCUCACUGUAUGAUGAGUGGACACAAGCCUCCAAUGUGUCUGACCCAGACAGGAGGCUUCAGGCUUUGUGGGUGGCAUGUGACGGUUUGCCAAAGAACCACAAGGCCAACUUCAGGUAUCUGGUAAAGUUCCUAGCCAAGCUGGCCCAGGACAGUGAGGUGAAUAAGAUGACUCCCAGUAACAUCGCCAUAGUGCUGGGACCCAACCUGCUCUGGUCCAAGACUGAGGGGACUCUGGCAGAGAUGGCUGCUGCUACCUCGGUCCAUGUGGUUGCCAUCAUAGAACCCAUCAUCCAGCACGCUGACUGGUUCUUCCCAGAUGACGUGGACUUUAACGUGUCGGGCAUGUUUGUGGCCAUGACCCCUGAACCUGACCCAGGCCCUUUCGAGAGGCGACGCCCCGGAAGCCUGGUGGACGGGGACACUCCCCGCAAAGACAGCCCCGCUCCUAACAAACUGGGCGACCCCUCCCCCACCCCACGUAGAGCUGCCACUCUAAAUAGAAAACAGCACCAUCAUGCUUCUUCGCCCGCCUUCCAGCCCCCUCUACCACCGCCAGAGGCUGGAGGAGUCACCCAGACCCAGCCUGUGGCUGAGCCCCAGACCCAGGAGCAAACUCUGUGUGGGAGUACAGAGGCUGGCCAGCCUGGCCUGGCUGGGGGGGGUGGGGGUCAGGGUGGGGCACCAGAGGUCCAGGUGGCCACAGGGCAGCAGCCUCUGCCUCUUACCCAGCACAGCGCUGAGGAGAAUAGCCCUGGCCAUGACCCCACCACCACCCCCGCUCCCCUGAGGAACGGGGGCUCCCAGCUCACCGUGGGGACGCCCCACUCCCAGGCAGGAUGCAGGGGUCCUAGCCCCCACAUUGGACGCAGAGGUACUAAGAAGCAAGCCCCUGCCCCACCCAAACAGGCCAACCCCUUUGUAGCUAAUGUCUCCACCCUUGGCCACAGUCCCGCGCCUAACAACCCCUACCCCCUCAUCGCUCCACGACGCCACUCUGGUAAAGAAACCCCCAUCCACGCCCCCAGCCACCCGCCCCCACAGCCCCCUCAGUCUCAGGGGGAGUCAGACCCCUCUCCGCCCCACACCCCCACACCCCCUAGCACCCCUCCUCACGAUGGUCCAACCUCCACCCCCUUCACCCCUCUAUCCUCCUUCCACUCUGGCUCCCUCCCUCGCCCCACCAGGCCGGCUCCGAAGCCACGCUCCCGACCUACAGUUCCCCCGCCCCGUCAGCCGCCCACCAAUGACGACAGCAACGGGCCCAGCGGCUCUGCCUCCAAGGUCAUCACCGAUUCCAGCCUGAACUUGAAGGGGAUUGACCGAGCCCUUAUCCCUGAAAUUAUGGUGGACAUACAAGGGGAGAGCUCUGCUGGUCAUGAGCCCUCCCCCUAUCCAACCCCACCCUUGGACCCUGAGAUCCAAUCAGAGAGCACCAGUCUGUGAAAGGGGAGGGAUCACUCCAACUGACAUCACCAAAAAACAUUCUGCCUCUGCCCAAUUGGCAAUAUGCUAGCCAUUCAUCCAAUCGCCGUAGUCUGAGUCAGCUCUGAGCCUCUACAGACUGGACCAUACAAACUCCCUGCUCAUCAAUCCAGUGAGCAAUAAUGUCUGCAACAAACAACCCCUAGUCAACAUUACUCUCUACAACAAUACAGGGACUAGACAAACUUCUCUUACUCCAUAAUCCAAACUCAACACUGUUGGCACCCACCACCCUCAACACCAACACCCUUCCAUCCAUAAACCAUCAACAGUAUUGGAACUGGACCACAGGAUCACCUCAUGUUCAUUGAACCUUCGUUCUGCUAAACAUGAUAGGAAGUUGGCCUGCAGCUAGAGAUGCCACUGUAGCUUUCUAUUGAAUCAACCAAGCCUGUACUGGGACUGGACAAUAUAUAUAUAUAUAUAACCACUGAACUCCAAUGCUGGCGAAGCUGUAAUGUUAUGACCCAGUACCUGGAAGCAUCUGAUCUGAAUAUACUGUUUCAUCUUUGGAUCCAUUGUAGAAUGUUGACAUUGAAUUGGGGCUGGGUGGGAGGCUAAGCUUGUAAACCUAAAAGCUCAGAACUUGUAUGUUUGUAUGAUGUAACUUUCCUCCCUGUGGUACAUUGUAUGGUGGUUGUAGGAAUAUUUUUUGAAUGGAAAUUGCUCAUUUGUAUGUCCUCAAUGCAUUACCUAAGAUUGUCUACAAAACUGCAAUUUUGCCCCAUUUGAGAACUUUCUUUAAUGGUUUUUAAUGGGCCAAGUAAUACAAAUGUAAUGCAGAAAGUGCUAUUGAUGAGCAAAUAUACAUGGUGAGCCCAAAGAAUCCUAUAAAUUGCCAUACUUCCUUUGAUGAGAGCUCUCAAGGACCAAAGAUACCAGUUGAUGAAUAACUACAUUUGGUGAGUGUGCUGCUUUGUGUUUGUAAUAUAAAUGUUUUAAUAGUUGCCAAGGACCAAAUAAGUAUCAAUGAGGAGUGCAAUUUAAUGAACUGCAUUCGUUUCAUACUGUGUCUUCUCCACUCCCAAUAUUCACCCUGUUUCAUUUGUUGUUGUUUUUAACCUGUCUUACCGUAAUAUACUAUAGGACUGUGUUUUAUUCAACAGAGCUGAAUUCAAACAAAACAGUCACCCCUGCCAAAAAUGUGUAUACCAAUCACAGAUUUCCCCUUUAAAAGAAAAGUUAUAUAAGAAAAGUGAUUGGAUAUUCCCUGCCACAGAUUUCCCCUUUAAAAGAAAAGUUAUAUAAGAAAAGUGAUUGGAUAUUCCCUGCCACAGAUUUUUUUUUUUGAGAAAUGAUUUGUUUUGAUAUCCGUUUUGAUUUAAUUUAGCUCAGGAAAUGGACAACCCAACAGAACAAUAUCCCAGGUUUUAUUUUAUUUUCUGAUUACUAUUCAAAUUUAGGAUGUUAUGUUGACAAUCUUUAGUGGAUAACCUGGCUUCUCACUCUGCUUGUGAUUAUUGCCUUUUUUUUCACUAUAUUGCAUGUUUUGAAUGUGAUUUGCAUUGCUUUUUUUCUGCCCGUGUCUUUUCAACCUGAAAAUGAACAAAGAUUUUCGAUAAUGAGUGAAUGGAUCCUCCACUGUUUGUUCAUAUUAAAGGAAAAUAGUUUUGGGUAUUAUUACUCUAAAUAAACAAAACAUGAAUUAAAACAGUAA